UGCCUCUUUGCUGCUCUUACCCGCAUUGUUGUAGUAUUGGUAGUGGUGUUGUAAGGAAUUGGGCAAACCUACUGUAUCUUGCACGUUGGCUACUAAGGUCACGAGUGCAGGCAAAUAUAGAAGAGGCUGUGGUGCCCUUCAAACAGAUGAUCGACAGGGGUGUCACAAGUUGGACCCCCAUCGAUAUAAUAUUGAUGGCCAUAUCCUUGAGAACAGGCCAUUAGUUAUAUAAGGCUGUUUUAUGCUUCUUAUAUGAAGAAUGAGAUAAGAUCAGAAAUGUCUAAGUAGACAAGCAUAUAGGACCGUACCUCCUCGCUUUUUGGCUAUUGAGUAGGGGUGAUCCAGACAAAGUCUCUCUGGUGAUGAGCACCAGCACACAUCGUAUAGGAUGUCUUUUGGGCUCCACAAGGAAACGUUUUGAACCUGCAGAAAAUGCUAAUACAGCUACCUGGAAAAAAAUGCUUCUUGAAUUGAACGAGAAGUAUGGCAAACAAGGAAAGGAUCCAUUCCAAGGUUCGGAGCAUAUCCCUUCUCAAUCCAACACAGCAUUGCAUCUAAAGAGAUUUGUCUAUCAAGAAAGCAGUAUUAAGCAGAACAAUGUGGAGAAAGGAUGUCAAAAGGACCAAAGAAUCAAAACUGUCCAUGUAUGUCCCUCACUAAGUACGACCAGUGUGAAGAACGCAUGUGAAAAAGACCAAAGUAUCCAAGCCGUCCAUGAAGGACGCCCGAUAAGUAAGACCAGUGUGGAAAAUGGAUGUGAAAAAGACCAAAGUAUCCGAACUGUCUACAAUAGUCCUUUACUAACUACGACUAGUGUAAAGAACACAUGUGAAAAAGACCAAAGUAUCCAAGCUGUCCAUGGAUGUCCUCCACUAUGUAAGACCAGUGUAAACAAAAUAUGUGAAAAAGUCCACAGUAUCCAAGCUGUCUAUGGAUGCCCCCAACUAAGUCAGAACAGUGGGAAGAAUAAAUGGGAAAAAGACCAACGUGUGCAAACUGUCUAUGUACGACCCUCAAUAAGUGAGACACCAGCUCCCUCAAAAAACAAAAGUAUCCCAGAAAUUGUGGAUAUGCUCAACAAGAAAGAAAGAAGCUUUUGCCACUGUGGGAAGUUACAUGUACAUUCCCUAACCAUGAUACCACCACCAUGUAAACCACAAGAGGCCAUGUUAUCUUCAAUAAGACACCGAACCCAAUGCAAAAUAACCAAACCAUGCAAGUCUGCAACAGAACGUCACAUUCAGAAGGAGCAAGAGUGUCCUGUCCCACAAGCAAUAUCAGCCAUGAACUACAGAAACACCCUCAUUUCUUUACUAUCACUCACUACGUUUUUCCUUAUUGCUCUUGUCAUAUGUCUAAAAAGUGACCCGAUGAUCACACGUCUGAGGAAAUGAGAAGACAAAUCUAUUCUCACUAUUAAAGAGGUUUAAAGAUUC